GGUUUCCCACCUCUGCCAGUAAUGUCAAAAGCAAAUUUAUUUUUUCAUCUCGCCCAGAUUUUGUGAACUGUGAUUUUGUGAUAAGUGCACAAUUUAGGUGAGUGUUUCGCCGGAAAUUUGGGAAAUCGUCCGACGAUUCACCCUGCAAGGUAGUUGAGAAUCCGCCGAGAAACCAACCGCGAAAAAUGUGGAACCAAUGGCAGGCGGCCACCGCCAGCGGGGUGCCGAUGAUGGCUGCUGUGCCGCCGCAGCCGUCCCAGCCGCCACCGCUGCCCGAUGCACCGCCACCGCCGCCGCCGGCCUCCGAUACGAGCGCUGGGGCCGCGGGAGCACCCACCGUUGCCGGCGAUGCGACAUCAGCGGUUGCUGCCGCCAUCGCCGCUCCCCCGGCCACCGUGGCUGCGGCAGCUGCUGUCAACCCUUACAGCAGCGGUUUGGCGGCAGCGGGCGGUGCGGGCAACCCCUACGAGCAAUACACAGCAGCCCAAUAUGCCGCAAUGACGCCGGAACAGCAGUAUGCGCUGCAGCACCACUGGCACCAGUGGCAGACCUACCAGGCGGAAUACGCCAAGUGGCAUGCCCAAUACGGCGAGCAGUACAAGCGGGAAAUGGCAGCUGCUGCGGCCGCCAGUGCCACCUCGCCAACGGCUCAGGUGGCCCAGGUUGCAGCUCCUGUUGCAGCUCCCGUUGUAGCUCCCGUUGCAGCUCCAGUUGUGGUCGCCCCCACGCCUGUGGUGGUUGCUCCCGGUCCGCAGGCAUAUCCACAGCCCCACACCUAUUACCAAACUAUGCCCGCUACCCCGGCACCGGUCGCUCCUGUUGGUGCGCCGCCGAUACCUGGCAAGAUCAUGGCUCAGCCGCAAUUGUAUAGCCAGCCACCGCCGCCGCCCCCACAAAAGGCCGGUUACAAUCAGCAGAAUCCCAAUCAGAUGAAUCCGGGCGCAUGGUCAGGGCCACCACCAAUGGUGCAUCCACCGAUGUCCCAGCAGCCGCCGCCGCAGCAGCAGCAGCAACAGCAACCACCCCCCCAGAAUUGGGGUAAUCAAAUGAAUUACAGUCAGUCAGGACAGCCGCCAGACCAGCCGAUGGGCUUUCCCAAUCUUCAGCAGCCGCCGCCUUCUCUACAGAGACCACCACCUCAACACCAGUACCAGCAGCAACAGCAGCAACAACAAAACUCGAUGGAUAAGCAAUGGGGCAAUAACAGGCCACCAUGGGAAACUGGUCCACCGUCGAAUAACUCGAAUCAAGGGCGCUGGGAUGGCCCACCACCGCAGAAUGAUAUGAAUAACCGCUGGAGCGGACCUCCGCCUCCAGCUGCUAACAACGAUCGGCGCUGGGAUGGACCGCCACCGCACUUAUCCAGCGGCGGGGAUCAGAACCGAUGGAUGGGGGGCAAUCCAAAUGAGAUUCAGAAUCAGAAUCACGACCGCCGUUGGGAGGGACCGCCACCGAAUAUAAAUGAACAGCAGCAGGGCCACAACCAGAAUAAGAACCUUAAUCAGAAUUCUAAUCAAAAUCAGCGUCAGAAUCGCUGGCCGAACAGCAACGAUCAAGAAGAAAUGGAGGAAUCACGCAAACUUCAGAAUGAUUACCAAAACAACAGGAAAAACUGGGGACCCGAUGGCGGUAUCGGAGGAGGAGGAGGAGGAGGAGAUUCAAAGCCUGGAAACCCCAACCAAAAUCCAUUUUUCAAAAAUUCUCAAACCGAUUUUGGUUCAGACUCUUUGCCAUCAAGCGGCAGUAACAAUAAUAAUAAUAACAACAGCGGCAACAAUUUUGGGCCGCGUCCGGGAAACUAUCCAGGCGGCUAUGGAAAUAAUUACAGCCAGGAUCAGAGCGGCUAUGGAGCUGGUAAUCAGGGAAGAGGCGGUAAUCGCGAUAGUUUUGGUGGCCGUGGAGGAGGAGGAGUAGGACCUGGUUCAAUGGAUAAUAACUUUGGCAACAACAACAACAAUAGCUUCCCCAACAAUCGUCGUCCGAGCAACAAUAAUCGUUGGGAGAACAAUAAUCGCAACCAGAAUCAGAAUCAAAAUCAGGGUUAUCCAGAUGAGCGUGGACCAGGAGGUGGUGACGGAGGUCCACCAGGAAAUUACCAUCAGAAUCGUGGUAACUAUAACCAGCGUGGAGGUCCAAAUCAACAGCAAUUCCCGCAAAAUCGCAACCAGCAACCACAGCAAAACGAUCUGGAUGAGGCCAGUUUUGAUCGAUUGUUUGAUCAGUGGGAAAAGCAGUUCGAGGACUGGAAACGCGCCAAUGCCAAUCACCCGGAUCGCGAUGAGUAUCGACGCUACGAGGAGGAAUUCGAAAAGCAGCGUCGUCGCAUUGCCGAGCGCAGGGAGCAGAUGCGACGUCGUCGACUGCAGCAGGGUGGAGCCACAGGAUCGACAUCGGGCGGAUCCGCUUCGGGUACGCCGCAGCAAGAGAGUACAGGAUCAGAUCUAGGACUCGGUGCCGAAGAGCAGAAAUCAAAGGAGGAACAAGGACCGCCGCCGCCGUCCACUUUUGGCUCCGGACGCACGAGCCGUUUUAGCAAUGCAAACAGUGACUUUGAAAGAGUAGGAGGAGGCGGACCACCACCACCUGAUUUCCGAGGUAAUAAGGGGCCACCGGGUAUACCCCUUUUGAAGCCAUUUCAGGCAGAUUCAAAAGAUAAGCCGCCACCAGAUUUCCGAGGACCACAAGAACCACCACCGAAAUCCUUAAACGCAGAGACAGAGUCAAAAGACAAGCCUGCACCGGAAAAGAAUCAAUCCGCUUCUUCGAUUCCAAAUCCUCCGACUCCGGCGACUUCAAAUAUUACUGCCGCCCCGCCAGUGACUUCCCAAGUUCCCGCUCCGCCAGUGGCGCCUACACCCGUAACCACCAAUCUUGGCAAGCGUCGCCAGGCAGGUGGAACCGCUGAUGUUACACCCGCAAAGCAAAUCAAAGAGGUUGUACCGAUAUAUACCAUUUCCCUGGAUGACGAUGACGACGACGACGAUGUUGUCAAUGAAAAACCAUCGACAUCUGACACACCGAUGGGCAGCAUUUUCAAGAAGAGUGACGGCAUCCCAGGCCUCGAUUUGGUGGACGAUGGCGGCAGCAACAAGAACUCAACUUCGUUGUUCAAUAAUGAUGGUGACCAGCCGGCGGCCGGAGCAACCGAAUCCGAAGCGAAAGCCAAUCAGAGCAAUGAGUCCCUUAGCAAGGCCCUCAAAGAUCCAGCAUUUCUCAAUAAUCUUACCCAGGCUGUGGCCAAUGUGCAGCAGCGCGAUCGCCAGGAUGUGGAGAACCAACAGCAGCAGCAGCAGCAGCAGCAGCAAUCAAAGUCGGAGCCUGAUGAGGACGGGCGGCCCCUGUCCUUUGCCGAGUGGCAGCGCAAGAAGAACAACAACGGAAAUGACACUAAAGUGCCGGAUUCGCGCGACUCGAAUAAUAGUCCUAAUAUCAAUGAAAGGAAUGACAGACAGGGAGGCCCAAACCCUGGCUUUGGACCAGGUUCGGGCAAUGCACCAGGCGGAGGACCUGGUCCUGGUCCCCGUUUUGGACCCAACAUGGGACCCAAUCAAUUACCAGGCAACAACUUUGUCGAUUAUGAUGGCCACGGCGGUCCUGGCGGUCCCAAUGGUGGCUUUGGACCUGGUGGUCGCAACUUUGGACCCGGACCGCGUCCUCCCUUCGGCAUGGGACCGGGUGGACCGAACUUUGGACCCAAUGGCCCUGGCCCUGGCCCCGGCCCCGGGCCGGGACCGCACUUUGGCCCGGGACCCAAUUUCCGCCACAACCGACCCAAUUUCGGACCCAACUUUGGGCCGAACUUUGGACCCGGAGGUCCCGGAGGUCCACGCAACUUUGGACCACGAGGACCUGUCGGCGCUCCAUUCGGACCUAGACGCGAUGACUUUGGUGGUCCGCCAUUUGGAGGCGGACCUGGACCCAACUUUGGCCCUGGUCCCAACGGACCCCCUAUGAGGGGAUUCAAUGGAGGAGAUGGCGGCAGCAGCAGUGAUAAUCCGUUCCGGCGACAGAGUGGACCACCGCCACCUAAUUUCAACGACGAGGAUGGUCCGCCAAGGGGACCGAGGAACUUCCCGAACCGCAACAGUUUCGGUGGGAAUCAGGGAUCGAACAACAAUCGAAAGAACUGGAAUGACGGGCUGGAGGAGCAACAGAAACCAUAUCCUGGCGGAAGUGGCGGCCACAUUGAUCCCGUUUACCGUCUGAAGGUCUUUGAUUAUUCAAAUGCAAGCCAAUUGACGUCCGCCAAGGUGAUUGACUAUGGCCACAAGUCGGCAGAUGGCAUAGGUUCUGGUCUCGGUUCCGGUGCAGGUUCCAGCUCCGGUCUCGGUCCUGAACCCGGUUUCGGUCCUGCUCCGGGUCCAAUACAUAACCGUCCAGAUCCUACCCUGGGAAUGCCCGAAUUCCGACCCAUGCAGACCUUUGAAUAUGGCCACGCUCCCAGAAUGGGAAUAACAGGCAUAGGAGGUGAUAAGGGAGCAGGAAUCCAAGGAAUGGGAGGAGGAACGAUGGGAGUAAAGGACGGAGGAGGCGGAGGAGUUGGAGGACGAGGAGGAGGAUUCAAUAGCAAGCGUAAUAAAAGACAGAUGAAGCAGCGAAUUAGGGAAGAACGCUUGAAGUUUCAGCAAAAUCGUCAGCAUGAAUCGAUUUCUAAUGAUGAGAAGACUAAAAAUGAGCAGCGAAUACAGGAAAACGAACAGGAUCAGGAGAAUGACAAACUGCAGCAACAGUACUUAGACGAUGGCAAUGGUCCGCCAUGUGGCGAUGAUGAUCUCGAGGAUAUUUCGGAUGGUGAAGAUAAUCUAACCGCAGCUGAUGGCAACGACGGAGAUGGAGAUGAAGAGUCAGUGCCAUCGCCGCCGUCUAUGAUGAACAAUAAAUGGAAUACAAUGCGAAACUCACCACCGCCGCCGCAAUCACUUUUCCCCUCGGCAGCUACGGCCAAUCAAAAUAUACCCCAGACAUCAGCGGCUCCACACCUAGAGAUGUGCUGUGGACCAACGAAUGAGAAUCGCAACACGAUCUCUGUGGAUGAGGUGCUAUUGCCACCUGGCCGUUUAACCCGUCCGAAACGUAUUUGCAUUAUACUUCGAGGUCCACCAGGAUGCGGUAAAUCGCAUGUGGCGCGCCUGAUCAAGGACAAGGAGAUAGAGAUGGGCGGUGCCAAUCCGCGUAUUCUCAGCAUUGAUGAUUACUUUAUCAUUGAGAAUGAUUACACAGAGAAGUGUCCCAAGACGGGCAAGACGAUUCCCAAAAAGGAGCUGUUGUACGAGUACGAAGACACCAUGGAAGAGACCUACAUGCAAUAUCUAAUUAAAUCUUACAAAAAGACGCUUAGCGAUAAUCUAUACGAUUUCAUAAUUGUUGACUGUAACAAUAACUCACUGAGGACACUCAAUGAGUUCUAUUGUCACGCCAAGGACUCCAACUUUGUGCCCUACAUUGUGGAUCUACACUGCGACCUGGAGACAUGCCUGGGACGAAAUUCGCAUAAGCGCAGUGAGAGUGAGAUUCAAAUCGUGCUGGACAACUGGUGUGAAACGCCGCUGCACUACAUCAAGCUGGAUGUGAGCACGUUGCUGGAGAACGUGGUCGAGAUGGAAGAUGUUGAGAAUAUGGCAACGGACGAUAAUGCCACCGCGGAUGGAGGAACAGGUGCCACAGUCUCUGAUGUUGCCACUGUCGAGGAGACAGAUGAUAGCAACAGUGCCGAUGCCGAUGCCUCUAACGAUUGCGGCUUCCUGAAAAGCAAGUGGGAAUGUGACAACACUGAGGACAAUCUAGCCCGCUUGGAUGGCACCAAGCGUCUCAUGCAGAACCGAAAGCAUGCCAGCAUGGCCGAUUAUCUCCAACUGGAGGAUGAAUGGCAGCCACCCAUAACCACCAGUGACGGCAAGAAGCGGGUGCGUUGGGCGGACAUCGAGGAGAAGCGGUCGCAGGAGAAGAUGCGCGCCAUUGGUUUCGUGGUGGGCCAGACCGAUUGGAAUCGUAUGAUGGACCCAAAUGCGGGUAGUCGAGCCCUGAACAAGACCAAGUACAUUGAGCGCGUCCAAAAGCGUCGCUAAUUAUAGCCACGCAAGCUGGCACGCAACCUGAAUCAAACUGAAACCAUUACCAUUACCAAUAAACCAUUUCCAGUGGGGAUCGAUCCCCACCCUGAA